UUUUAAGGAGAGAGAGAGAGAGAGAGAGAGACAGUAGUAUCCAGUUGAAUAAACUUGAAGCUAAACCAUGAACUCAAAGCUUAUCUUGACUGCAACAGUACUUGCAAUUGUCUCCAUCUUGGCUUCCAAAAUAAGCCAUGUGCUCACACCACCUCAGAUUCCAGGGUCCCAUGACAACCUCCACACCGCAGACAUACUCCAUCUCUCCGGAGCCGUCGGGCCGGAGAGUCUCGCUUUCGAUCCCAACGGUGAGGGCCCCUACACCGGGGUUGCUGACGGCCGGAUUCUCAAGUGGCAAGGAGAUGACCUUGGUUGGAUUGAUUUUGCUGUCACCACUUCACAAAGGAAGGAGUGCGUCCGCCCAUUUGCACCGGAAAUGGAGCAUGUGUGCGGUAGGCCUUUAGGACUACGAUUUGAUCAGAGAACCGGAGAUCUUUAUAUUGCUGAUGCCUACUUUGGCCUUCAAGUGGUAGGACCUGCUGGAGGUUUGGCUACACAACUAGUGACAGAAGUCGAAGGCCAGCCCUUACGCUUCACCAAUGAUAUGGACAUUGACGAGCAAGAAGAUGUGAUUUACUUCACAGACACAAGCACAAACUUCCAUAGAAGGGAAUUCAUGUCAUCACUUUUGAGCGGCGACAAAACAGGCAGGUUGAUGAAAUAUGACAAAUCAAGCAAAGGAGUAACGAUCUUACUAAGGGGGCUUGCUUUUGCCAAUGGUGUGGCCUUGAGCAAAGACCGGUCCUUCGUGCUAGUAGCCGAAACCACUAGUUGCAGGAUCAUAAGACUUUGGGUGCAAGGCCCUAACGCAGGACAAAUUGAUACAUUUGCUGAGCUACCUGGUUUUCCAGACAAUAUUAGAAGGAAUUCAAGGGGGGAGUUUUGGGUGGCUUUGCAUGCCAAGAGAGGCAUUUUGGCAAACUGGGUACUGUCUAAUUCAUGGGCUGGUGAGAAACUAUUAGAGGUUUCACUUAGCUUCAAGCAGCUGCACUACCUCUUAGUAGGAAAGAGGGCCCAUGCAGCUGCAAUAAAGUUAAGUGGGGAAGGAGAAGUUUUGGAGGUCUUAGAAGAUAGUGGAGGAAAGAGUUUGAGGUUUUUGAGUGAAGUAGAGGAGAAAAACGGAAAGUUGUGGAUUGGGUCAGUGAUUAUGCCUUUUAUUGGCAUUUAUAAUUUGUACUAAAACAUCUACUUGAUAUGAUGGUCUGGAAUUUCUUGCUUUCCUUUUUUCUUUUCUUUUUUUCAUUUAUAAUUUGUACUAAAACAUCUACUUGAUACGAUGGUCUGGCAUUUCUUGCUUUGCUUUUUUC